UCCUCUCCCUUCCUUUCCUCUUUCUCUGUCUCUCCUCUCUCCUUUCUCCUCUCUCCCACUAGCACCACAGAGUCCAUCUGUUCCCCACCCCCCCAAACUAUUUUUUUUUAAUCUUUUGUACCACCCUUCCAGGAGACCAUGCUGCUAUUUCUUAACCUCUUGCUAGAGCUGGUCCGGAUUCUGGCUGCAGAUGAGGGUUCACAUUGGACGUAUGAAGGUCCACAUGGUCAGGACCACUGGCCAGCCACUUAUCCUGAAUGUGGGAGCAAUGCCCAAUCUCCCAUCGACAUACAAACUGAAAGGGUGACAUUUGAUUCAGAGCUGCCUGCUGUGCAGCCCCAUGGCUAUGACCAGCCCGGCACAGAGCCCCUCUCUCUGCAUAACAAUGGACAUACAGUGCAACUGUCCCUGCCCCCCACUCUAUACCUGGGGGGGCUCCCCCGAAAUUAUGUAGCAGCCCAGCUCCACCUGCACUGGGGCCGAAAAGGGCAGCCAGGGGGGUCAGAGCACCAGGUCAACAGUGAAGCCACCGCUGCAGAGCUUCACAUUGUCCACUAUGAUGCUGAUACCUUUAAUGACCUGAAUGAAGCUGCUCAAAAACCUCAGGGACUAGCUGUCCUGGGCAUCCUCAUUGAGGUUGGUGAGAACCAGAACCCAGCUUAUGAUCACCUCUUGAGUCAUUUGGAAAAAAUCAGGCAUAAAGGUCAGACCACCCUGGUGCCACCCUUUGAUGUGGGGGGACUGCUUCCUCCAGAGAUGGGAGAGUUCUACAGGUACAAUGGCUCCCUUACUACCCCUCCCUGCUACCAGAGCGUCCUCUGGACUGUCUUCCAUAGAAAGGCCCAGAUUUCUAUGGAGCAGUUGGAGCAGCUACAAGAGACUUUGUUCUCCACAGAAGAGACCAGACCCCCUCAAUUACUGGUCCAGAACUACAGAGCCCCUCAGCCCCUCAACCACCGACUGGUUGUUGCCUCUUUUGUCCCAGAAGGAGCCUUUUAUUCCACAGGUGAAAUGGUGGGUCUAGGCCUGGGAAUCUUGUUUGGCUGUCUCUGCCUCUUGCUUGCUGGUUACUUCAUUGCCAGGAAAAUCAGAAGGAAUAGACUAGGGGAACAGAAGAGUGUUGUCUUUACUUCAUCCCGACGGGCUACCACUGAUGAGUAGAGACCCUCCUGGACAUCCCUUCACCUUCACUUUUCAGCAAGCCUGGAGGAUUCUGUGCAGGGCUUGUCAGACAAUAGCUGUAGCAGUAACAGUUGAACACCCCUCCUUCUUCCUGAUACCUCCUUGAGGAAUGGACUUGGACUCUUAAGGAAAAGAGCUUGGAAAGUUCUAACCACCAAUGGGAAGAUGGAAAAAGUGACAAGGAUCUGUUUUUGUGGAUAGGACAAUGUUUUUCCCUGAGAAGGGGGAACUAGUCGAACUCAAGCAUUCCCUCUCAGCUUCCAGUCUCUUCCCUGGACAGUAGAGACAGUUCCUUCGAAAGAGGGUUGCUGCAAUAGAGGUUCAAUAGUCCACAAUUUGAAUGUUCUGGAAAUAAACAAUUUUGACUAUAUCAUAA